ACGGGUUUUCCCCUUCAUCCAGUUUCGUCCAUCGGUGAAACUGGAGUUAGCAUGCCCGCUUGAACACGACCAUGUAUCGUCCAGUUAAACCUGCACACGGCCCGCCGCCGUUCGGACCUCCACCAACCCAUGGCCCUCCUUUCAGACUCGGAGGGUCUUGUGGUAUCCCCCCUCCUGGACACUUACCCCGUGGACCUUGCGGACCACCUUCAGCCUCAGCACCGGAUUUUCUCCACAACAGACCAGCGAGAGGGCAUUUCAUCAGUCCCCACUGUAGCAGCUUCUCCAUAGACCGUAGUACAGUGAUUGCUUUGGGAGGCAGCCAGCAGAUCGUCCCUCAUGCAGAACCACAACACCUUCAGGUCCCACAGUGGAAUCCCACUCCUUUGGAUCAUCAUCUUCCAGACAACAGUGACCGAGCUGGUGAGGAAUUCCUGAGAUGUAUUGCAGCCAACAAGCCCCUCCCAGAUUAUCUGAAAGGGAACAUGGCUUAUAAUCUUGCUGAUGCAUUUAAGUCAGCAAAUGUCCUGAAAGAUGCAGUAAAAUCAGACCCUGAGUUCCAGAAACUUGUGACCAGGAGCAAAAGUCGUAGUCAAAGCCGAAGUCGUGGCAGAAGUCGUGGCAGAAGUCGUGGCAGAAGCCGUGGGAAAUCUCGAGCCAAGAGCCAUGCACGAAGCAGAAGCAGAGUACGCAGCCGAAGCAGAGGAAGGAGCAAAAGUCGUGUUCGUGGCAAGAGUCGAGCUAGAAGCAAAAGCAGGGCAAGAAGUAACAGCAGGGCUCGUAAUAAGAGUCGGAGCCAAAGCCGAAGCAAGAAGAAGAGACAUGCACGGAGCAAGAGCCGGGUUGGGAGGUCCAAGUCACGAAGUAGCAGCAUUGAAAAGAGACAUGCUAAAGACAAAAAGAGAAUGAGGAGUGCCAGCAACAGCGGCAGCAGCAGCGUCAGCAGUAACAACAUGGCAGGGAAAAGUCUGUUAAAGGGACUGAAGCUGGUCAUAAACAGCAAAGAACUGGAUGAGCGGUUGCCCACCCUCAAAGAUGCCAUCCUCACUAUUCAGGCCUCUGAUGAAAGGAAAAAAGUGCAGAGUGGACUGGACAAGAACAGACCUCAGCAACAUGACAGUAAGGAGAAUUCAGCGUCACCGGAGAACGACAGCAUGCUCCUUCCCCAUGACAGAGUAGGCAGUGAUUUCUCUUGGCUCCAAGUACAAAGUCAAGAGGACUCCAAAGUCCGGAGAGCUGAUGAGCUUGAUGAUGAAGAGUCGUUCUUGUAUGGGAGUGAAGACACUGGAGGAAAACAAGACAACAAAUCGUCUUCCAACCUCUUUUCAUCGUUUUCCCAGAUUGGAAAACAUUGUAAACUACAAGAAACUGAUGUUUCUGCUCUUUGCAGUCAACAGCAUCAUCAGACCAAAUCCACAUUCAGUAGCUCUGGGGAUCGGCUCGAUCUGAAGCAUCCCCUUCAAAUGACUUCCUCAAGUCUGGCCUCUGCCAAUCUGGACAGCAGUGAGUGCGAGAAGAUCAAGAGCAUAUUAAAAAGUUUGGGCACAGCAGACAUCAGCGAGAUCAUGCUGAAGAUGCAGGGGCAGAAGGAGGAGAAGCAGCUGUCUCCUGCACUUCCUCGUUCAGACCCAACAGCAGCAAGCUUGGCGGUGUCGGCAGUGAAUAAUCCGAAUGUACGACAUGCUCUGGAAUCUCUACAGUCUCUGAUCAAAGCCACGAAGGAGAAGCGGACUAAAAGUGAGGGGAGUGGCACAUCUCAGAGCUCUGAUAAACACAAGACAAGUGACACUGAGGAGAGGAAGAUAGAGAAACAGGCCAGAAUCAGUAAGAUGGAGUCAUUGAUGAAAGAGCUGGAGGGCUUGUUGAAACAGGAUGGACUGAGUUUCCUGACACCAGUCAUUGGGUUUUACUGCCAGAAAUGUGAGGAGUUCAUUGGAGAUUUGAAUUGUGCUGAAAACCAUGCAGCCAUCCACCGACACAGUACCGCCAACAGUCAGAAGGUGCAGACGGGAAAAUAUGCUGGAGACAGCAAAGAACACUCACACUAUUCUAGCAGCAGUAGCAGUAACCAACACCCACACCCCUCAGAGAGGAGAGACCACAGGGACUACAGCUACCGCAGAGACCCAGGAGACCACAGAAAUCAUUAUCAACAAUGCUGGAGGAACGAGAGAGAUGGCUUAAGAAAACUAGAUGACAGCCACAGAAACAACAAGGCCAGGCAGGAAAACCUCUCCCUGAGAGAGGAGAUGAGUAAGGAGAGGAUGCUCAUCACAGUGUCCCAGGGACUGACACCUCCUUCAAACGUCAGGGUCAAGGAGGAGGUGAAGGAGAAGGCUGUUGGAAGCUACAGCAAAGUCAAGGCAGAAGACACAAACAGCAAGGGCAACAGAGAAAAGGAUAGCAAAGAGAAAGGUGACAGCAGUGACGGUAGUGAUGACGACAACGACAAAGGAAAGAGUAAAGUAAAAUCACCAAAGAAGAAAAAGAAGAGGAAGGAGAAGAAGAAGAAAAAGAAAGAGAAGGGGGGAAAGUCCUGAGUGUUGAAUGAUCCAUUUCACACUGGUCCCCCAGAUGAUGUCAGCUGCUUGUUUUCUCCAAGUUUCUAAACUUAAAGUUCAGAGUUUUGCCAUCCUCCAGCCAAAACCAUGUUGUUGUUUUCUCUUCCCCAUUCCUUUUUUUUUUUUUUUGGUGUGAUCAGAAGAAAAAAGUCGGCUGUCCGGAGAAGAGAAGAUGAAUAUCAGACUCAUCUGUGUGUGUAGUACAGGUGUGGGUCUGACAUGUGGUUAGAAUGGAUGUUUAGAGUUGUUAAACAGACUGACACACACUGAUGACACUGAUAUGAAUCUUCUUUUCUAUCUGUCUCUCAUGUUUUUAAACAAAUGUCAACAUGCUCCUUUUUGCUAAAUGGCUUCCUGCAGGUCUUUCUAUGAAAGUGAAGAUGAUGAUGUGUAAAGUAUGUUUUCAUAUCCUGUUUUCAACUUUUAAUUAAAUGUUUGAAAAGCUCA